AUGUCGCUAGUUUCCGCACUCGUUUGCGGUCUUGGUCUCGCUCUCCUCCCCGGGCAAUGCGCGUCUGCCACAACAUCUUCGAAAGUAGCAUCCACUACUUCGAAGACGACGACUACUACUGCCAAGUCAAGCACCUUGACAACGACCGCCGCGUCCUCGUCUUCUGAGCAGGGAACGACAACCAAAAUCUCGUCAGGCGCUGCCACUACCCUCGUAACCUCUACCGCUAGCUUGUCAAGCUCCGUUUCAGUGACCACCAAGUCGAGUUCUACCUCCCUGAUCAGCUCCGUAUCCACUGCCUCAGGAUCUUCAACACUCAGCUCCACCUCUGCCUCUGCUUCCGCCAACGCCACGGCUGUUGGGGGCCAGAAGGUCGACCAGACCAUACUCGUGCUGGCCCGGUCCACGGCUGAGGCAUACUCUGGCUACUCAGGCUUGGUCGGCUAUGGCAUCCCAUACCAGGUUCUUAUCGUCCCACAGAGUGGCGCCUCACUUCCAACGCUGAACUCAUCGGCUAGUCAUGGCAGCUAUGGCGGCAUUGUCAUGAUCUCCGAGGUCUCGUACAGCUACUCCUCGACGAAUUGGUCCAGCGCGCUUAGCCCGGACCAAUUCAACCAGCUGUAUAGCUACCAGUUGGCAUUCGGUGUACGGAUGGUCCGCAUAGAUGUAUAUCCACAGCCGACCUUUGGUACUCAGACUACCAUUGCCAGUACGGGAUGCUGUGACACAGGUGUGGAGCAGCUGAUUAGUUUCACCAACAACACUGGCUUCCCGACUGCAAAUUUGAAGCUGGGGGCUACUAUGUCAACCGCAUCAAUGUACCAUUAUCCAGCGUCUAUUACUGACCCCAGUACGACGUGGCAGGUUGCAAAAUUCGCACCCGACUCUGCUGGCCAAUUCACUAGCGACUCGACAGCUGCUGUGAUCAAUAACUUCGGCGGCCGUCAGCAAAUGGUUUUCUUUACGAGUUGGGCCACCGAGUGGUCUCCUACAUCGGCUUUCUUACAGCAUGCUUAUAUCCACUGGAUGACCCGCGGACUGUUCCUAGGCGCCCGAAAGAUCUACCUCAGCACGCAGAUUGAUGAUGUUCAUCUUACAACGGCCCUCUACUCACCAGCGAACGCAAAAUUCCGUAUCGGCCCCGAUGAUCUAACGUCCCAUGUCUCCUGGACCAAGAGCAUCAACGGUCGCCUGCCGAGCGGGUCGAACUAUCAAAUUGAGCUUGGUCACAACGGUAACGGGGAUAUCAUUAAUGCCACCAACAUCGAGUAUUCUGCCAAUGUCGACAUCUGUAACCCAGUCGAUGCAGUUUAUCCGAACGACCAGCCAGAAACUGCACUUGAGUUUCAAAAGCCACUAGGUACUGGUGCGGACUUCUGGCCGACAACGCCCACAGCGUAUAGUUGGAGUCUUGCAUGUGCUCAGGUCGAUCGUCUUGCCACGUGGUUCACACAGUCUGCUAACCGAGACGCCUUCGCCCAUAUCUCCCAUACAUUCACUCACCUGUCACUCAACAACGCGACCUUUGACGAUGCCUCACGAGAAAUUACCUUCAAUCAAGCUUGGUUGAAGUCGAUGGGCAUUUCCGCGGGCAAAUUCAGUGCGAAUGGACUCAUCCCGCCAGCCAUUACCGGAAUGCACAAUGGGGAUGUCAUUAAUGCUUGGAUGACCAAUGGCAUCACUUCAGUCGUUGGUGACAACAGCCGUUCCGUGUUAACCAACCAGCAAAAUGGUUGGUGGCCUCUCAUCUCAACGGUGGCCAGCAAUGGCUACGCAGGUCUGACUAUCAUACCUCGCUGGCCAACUACAAUGUACUACAACUGCGACCUCCCGGCAUGUACAUUGCAGGAGUGGAUUGACACUUCCAAGGGCUCUGGCGACUUCAACUCGCUCCUGGCUUAUGAGAAGUUCACGACGUCUCGCUACUUACUGUCUCUUCGCCAAGAUCCAUACAUGUUCCAUCAAGCCAACCUCAGAGCGGCCGACGUUCCAGCAACUACUGUAGGCUCGGUGAACGCUUACUCUUUGCUGCAGAUCUGGGUUGAGACGGUCACACAAGAGAUGACGAGGCUUACGAACUGGCCAAUUGUCACCAAGAAGCACGACGAUAUCGCGCAGACCUUCUUGCAGCGCAUGGCCCGAGACCAGUGCAACCCUAACCUGACCUAUCAGUACUCCUCGGAUGGCUCAAGCAUUACGGGUGUCGUGGUGACGGCUUCGGGCAAUAGCUGCAGUGCACCAAUCCCGGUGACUUUACCUGGCACAGGUACAGCGUCGAGCGGUACAACGAAUGAUCAGCUUGGAUCGGAACCUUUGAUCAUGUGGGUGACGCUGAGCGGGUCUCCAGUGACUAUCAAUCUUGGGAGUUCCGUAGCGAUCUAG